AUGGUAGAUCAGAAAUCACUCUUCAGACCCAGAAAGUCUGAGCGAAAGGAAGCUUCUGGUGGUAAAUCGGUGGAGCACCAUUCCACUGCAUACGGAUCGAUCGAUCUCAGUUCAUCAGCCAAGAGCAACGGCAUUAUCGAAUUGACUAAAACAUCCAAAUACUGUGUUUCCAAACUCCCUGCAUCCCCUUCUAUACUCAGCGCAUCUUCUAUAGCUUCAUCAGGGUCGUCUCCUGGAGGAAUAUUGAACGGAUACACCGAUCACUUCUCGAGCUAUUCCCUUGUUAUUAACAACGACAGUAUCAACGUGUGGAGCUACAAGUCGACAGAUGCGACACCACUCUCAAUCCAGUUCCCAGUACGAGAAGAUUCUGCAAACGGGUCACCAUUGCCACCAUUAGCAAUCUUAACCAAGCCAAUAAACACUUACACCGACGACCCAGGUUUAAUGAUCAUUGAUUCCACUUCAGGACAUGUCAAAUUUUACGAGAGUGUGCAACAUGCUCCUGCCUUGGGCCUUAUCAACAACAAGCUGUUGGAAUUGACUGUACCGUUGAAGACUUCUCACGGAGAGUACAUCACCUUAGCAGAAAAUGUAGAACCUGCGGGAAUUGUGAUUGCCACGUCGUUGAAGAGAUGUGUCCUUGUUGGCUUUAAGGACUUCUUCAGCAAGCCAAGAUUGUCUUUAACAGAGCUUAUACCACCAGUACUGGGGAACACGCUUGGCUUAUUGUCAAAUAUAUUCUCGUCGAGGUCUGGAUCGUCCUCAGACGUCUAUUCCAAGGAUUUGAAUGAGGAGAUUGUCAGCAUUAAGACAUCUGAUAUCUUGGAUCAGGGCAUGGCCCAAGAGAUUUUCAUUCAGGACAACCAAGGUGGCUACUAUUUCUUCAGUCUCCAAUUGGUGACUCCAGACUCUGGAGCUAUAAUUGACAAAAAGCAUUCGUUCAAGCAAUAUAUAUCCACUUGCAUAGAAAGUAGCAUCGAAGGCUACAGCUUGCCAGGGUCAUCAAACAAAAUCAAUUUACUUGAUAUCUGGCCAUUACGUCAAGAAGAAAGCAAACCCUUAAAGGAUAUCCAUAUAGCAUUAUGUGAAAUUGAACCUUCUAUGGGCGCUGGAGCAGGAGAAAAGUCUGAAUAUGCCUUAGUGACCUUGAAGAUAAAUAAAACCGGGGUGUUGUACUAUGGAACUCACAAGUUGAACAAGAGCUUCAACAUUCCUUCAGUCAAGCCAAGAUUAUUCCUCCCCAAGCCAGGAAAUGUUGCCUUUGUUAUUAUUGGAAACUCCAUUAUACUUACUGACGUGAAUCCCUCUUAUAUUGAAUCCAACUCCUCGCCAUAUUACUACAACCAGAGAAGAUGGGAAGACAUAAUCCGUUUAAAGCCUUCGGUUCAGAUCGUUGGCCAAGGUUAUGAAGAUGAAUCUAGCGACAGUAACCCAUCUAUCAUUCUACUUACCAACAACUCAGGGGUGUUAAGAGUGGAAAAAUUCGGAGAAACCGGUGCAGCAUCUGGGAUGGAGAUUGAUGUCGAUCCAGAGGACGACGCUGAAAAUCCGAUUGCAACUAUAAUGUCACAUAUCGAGCAAGGAAUAUUUUUUUCCAAUUCAUCAGACGAGCUUGAUUUCGACUUAUUGGAUGUUGAAUCUUGCUCUCAUAAGUCAAUAAAAUUGGCAUGUGCACAAAUCAUUGACAGCAUAUUGAAUUCUACUUCACCGUACUUACCGGUUUUUUUACCGUCCAUAAAGGAUUUCUUAAAUCUCAAGAUGUCUUUGUUUCAGUCACUUAUAUCUUAUGUUAAAAGGAACUUUCCAGAGAUUUGGAAUGUACUUGUGUCAAACAUUGUCGAGAAGUUAGAGAAAAUAGCGGUAGGGCUACAAUUAUGGACAUUUGUGGAAGUCAAUGGUGGUAAAGUUCUAGAAAUAUUGAAACGAAUCAUUCAAAAAUACGUUAACAUUUCCAAUCAAGAAGCCGUAUCAGACCCGGUUAGAUUUUUCCUAAAUCAUAAGUUACAAUAUGUCAACCAAGUUUUGAAUGACUUUGUUGCCACGCUUGUGAAUGAAAAUAUUUCUCUCACCCUUGUCAAUGAAUUGUUGGUUAAUACUUUGUAUUUUGGGGUAUUCAGAUACGAAGAACAGUACAUUCUUCAAGAACCCGAAAUAGAAUCGAGAAAGUUAUGGAUUUUCGACACUGACCUCAUAAUAAACGUGGAAGAAAUCUUCAGGACAAUUUAUUGUGGUGGUACUUCUAAAGAUUUGGAAAUUACCAGCGAGAAGUUGAAAACAAACAACAGCCAAUUAUGUGAAGCAUUAUAUUAUUUUGUUACCAGUGCUGUGCAGUAUAUGCAACAUUUCGAUCUGGCCAACCAACAACAAUUGAAGGAUUACUUGAAGUGGUACAACAGUAGCAAAACCCAUUGGAUUAAAUCUUUACUCUCUAGGGGUUUGGAAGUUGAAGCAAUUAGAAUCUGUGAAAAGUACCAUGACUUGUCUUCUUUGGUAGUUGUAUUAGCUUCGGAAGAGAAUAGAGGAAUGUUGGCGUAUGACGAGUACUUUGAUAAAUUUGGCUAUGAAUUUGCUUCAAGCUUGUACGAUUUUUACUUGGCAAAUGAUAAGAUAAACUCCUUGCUACUCGAGUUUGAAAAUUACAGACCUUUCCUAAUGAAGUACUUCCAAGAAAACCCUAGAAAGACUUGCCAAAUAUCCUGGAUAAGAGACUUCUUGGAUGGAAACUUUGUUGCUGGAUCCAGUACAUUGAGAACCUCGUCUCUUGAAUAUGCAGAUGAAAGGAUUGAAAAUAAGGAAUUGAAAUUCUCAUUGGCAAAGCUAUCUGCUAUUGCGGCUGCACAGUCACCCAACAACGACGUGGAUAUGAUAGUUGACACUGAAGAGUCGUUGACUGAUUCAAAUAACAACUUGGUUGCAAUUAGAAUACAGAAUAAAUUGUACCGUGAGUUGCUGAGAUCAAUCGCUGGAAAUAACGUAGAAGGGGAUGAUUUGUUGACUUUCAACUAUGUUUCCAAACAUUUCAGCAAUGAAUUGAUCGACUCGGUGCAAUUCAAAUCUUUAAUUGAAGAGCCUCUUAGCCGCCUCUCGACGAAGAAGUUGUUGACGCCAGUCCAAUUGAUCGACUUGUUAACUUUGUUGAAACCUACAAUCAAUUCUGGUAAGAAUUUUGCCUAUGCAUUAAGAAUUACAUCAUUAAUAACUAAUGAUUCUAUAUAUAGAGAGCAAUGCAGACUAGUCUGGUUAAGAUUGUUAACCAUUACUGACAAGUGGGGCGAAAUUACGCUCACUGAAAAUGAAACCGAUGAAGGUGUAAAGUUGAAAUUCACAAACAGUAUUUUGUUCAAGACUUUCCAAAAGAUCGGCACUGACAAUGACCUCGUGCAGCAGUUAGAUGCUAUCUUAGGAGGAGACCAGCUGGUCAUUACUUCCCAUGAUGAUUUGACCACAGAUUUACUUUCUAAGCUCAGCGUUUAUAUACGCGAGAACAACUUACCAACAUGGGUAAAAUCCAUAAAGCUGGAAGUUGGCAAUGUAUAA